UUCAAGACAACCGAUCAGGAGUUUCGCCUGCACGAGAUCACCGGCGACGGGAACUGCAUGUUCCGGGCCGUCAGCUUUAUACUCUGGGGCACGGAGAGCAGGCACAGAUAUCUCCGCUCGCUGGUGGUGAGCCACAUCGAGGACUCGUGGCGGGAGUUAAAGUCGUUGGUGCUCGCCGAGUGGAACAUACGAAGCGCGAGCGAUUACGCGAGCCACAUGGGGGCGAACGGGACCUUCGCGAGCGAGCUCGAGUGCGUGAUAGCCACCAAACUGAACAAGCUCAGCCUGUCGAUAUACCGGCGAGCCGAUGCCUCGGGCAACCUCAGGCGGGUCCUCUACAGCGAGUUGGGCAGACGCGCCGGCAUCGCCAAUCUCCUGUUCAGCGGGCGCAACGAGUGCGGCCACUACGACGUGCUCCUCCCGCUGUUGGCUGGCAAUAGGUCAUGA